GGACAUUUGACAGGUCUAGGUCAUUCGUACUGUCGGAGGUUGGCCUUACUGAAUGUCGAGUCAUAGUAGUUCCGCUCUGUAUACCAUCCUGCAAGUUGUACACAUUUGAUCAGAAGAUUGCUGAAUUUGAUUUUUUAUCAAAUACCGAACUAUAACACUAACUCAUACGUUGAACUUGACUGCGCAGAUAUUGGGUCGUGUUUUUCGGAAUAGUACAGUAUUGGUCACAUACUUUAAACUAAACUGAGAAUGUCUUAUGCAUAUCUGUUCAAAUACAUCAUUAUUGGGGACACUGCUGUUGGCAAAUCGUGCUUGCUUCUCCAAUUUACGGACCAACGGUUCCAGCCUGUAUAUGACUUAACGAUAGGGGUAGAGUUUGGCGCUCGAAUGGUGAAUAUUGGUGACAAGCAAAUAAAGCUUCAAGUCUGGGACACGGCUGGACAAGAAAGUUUUCGUUCCAUAACCAGGUCGUAUUAUCGGGGUGCGGCAGGUGCUCUUCUUGUUUACGAUGUUACCAGGCGUGAUACGUUCAACCAUUUGGCAUCCUGGUUGCAAGAUGCUCGGCAGCAUGCAAGCCCAAAUAUGGUUAUUACAUUAGUUGGGAAUAAGUGUGAUUUGGAUGCGAGGCGAGAGGUUAAACAAGAAGAAGCUGAAGCAUUCGCUCGUGAGAAUAAUUUAUUAUUCCUAGAAACAUCAGCUAAAACCGGAGUAAAUGUAGAACAAGCCUUUGCCACUACCGCACGCGCUAUCUAUGAACGCUUACAACUAGGUCUUUUAGAUAUCAAUAAUGAUGCAAAUGGCAUAAAGUUAGGUCCUCAACAAUUAAGUACUCGACAAAGUGGUUCCUACGGUCCGGUUGGCUCAGAUUCAGGAGGUAAUCUAAGAAGACGUUGUUGUUAGCUCAUACCAAAGAGAGAUUAGUUUAUGGAAAGAUAAUAAAAGUUAUAACUGCUAUUGAUUAUUUUUAUGUUUUAUGACAACCUUUCUAUGAUUCUCACUCACUAUUUUACUUCAUUUACUUUGCUCAUUUUAUGUACUUUUUAAUUUCAUGUGCUUUAUGUGUACCCCCCAUUGUUUUGAAUGAAUACUUUUAUUGUCUAUUUUUCUGUAAGUUGUUCAACAACUUCCCUGUACUUUAUUUUUCUUGUUUUGAUCUUAUUCACUAUUCUCAAUCAGUCGGCUGUCUAUAUUAUAUCUAUAAAUAUGUUUUAAAAAAGGCAGAUAUUUAUUGAUUCCGAAUGAAAAUCCAAAUUCCAAUCAUGCAACAUUACUGUUAUAAAAUAUCUAUAAAAAUGAUACAUGCUGUGAAAAGAUAUUCAUUCAUUUCUUCUUCAAGAAACAAGAGAUUUUCCAUCUUGUGUUCACAUUAUUUAAUUUUACUGUCGUUACUCGUUUACUUUAUUUUCAUAUUGUGUUUGUGUAUCCCGAUGUACGGAAAUAUAUUUCCUGAUAUUUUUAAGCUACCAAAUGUGUAUCUUCUUUUUUAGAUGGUUAUGUGAAGCAAAAUUAAAUGCUUUGUGUCGAAUUUUCACUACACUCGCCUUUGUUGUUGUAUUCUUGUUUAUUUAACCGUUGAAUAUCUAGUAAUCAUCAUUUUAUUCAAAUGUGUUCAAGUGUGUAUAGAAAUUUCUAUCGUAACUGACAGGUUUUUUUUUAUAAAUAUUCUUUUUGUCAGAUAUCAGAAUAAACCUUAUUACUCGUCUAAUUCUUCUCAUGAUGUACUCAUUUUAACUUGUACUUUAUGUCAGAUGAUCUUUGAUUGAUAAAGAUACUCUAAAGAAUUUUUCUUGUCAAGCCAUAUGUAUAACAUUCACGUCUAUCACUUGAGUAUGCUUCCGUAAGCCAGAUUUAUUUGCAAUUAUUUAGAACACAUUUUGAGCAUUGAUAUGAUGUUUGCUUUCUAGUACAUUUAUCCUAUUGAUACGAUUUGAUAACAAUAUAAAAUUAGGUAAUAUUAGUCAGAAUGUUCUUCUGAGUGAUUGGAGACGUUAGAUAACACGUCUUAACUGCUACUACACCUCCAUGAAUGCAUAAUUUUAGAUAGUGCAAGUUAUUUUCACGAUUUAUCUAAACAAGUAUUACAAGUUCUCCAUGAAGUUUCAUCUUAUUAUUCAAACUCCAUGAUUUUAAAUAUAGUUAGAUGAAUUAUUCUACUUUUAAUAAUUGUUUUAUUUAAACCGACUCAUUAAUAAUGUAUGUAACCUGUAGAC